ACAGGGUCCCUCAUCAUUGACUCUGAGAUGCAGUGUUUCCAGAUGAUUGCGUUAACUGUGGCUGUGUUCUUUGCUGUGCUAUCAUCCUACACAGUGGGCUCAGUAGGGAAUGCCAGUUCUGUUGAGUUUAAGAUUUGGAAGUUUGAGGAUCAACCUUUGGUGAUGCAACUUGCUGCUGUCUACAAGGAAAUGGAACACUUCAAAUGUGAACAAACAAAUAUCAGGCAACAGCUGGAGGCCCUGAAUCAGAUGCUGACAAGCCCUAAGAAUGAGACUACAACAGAAAUAGGCAGCACUUCUCUUGUUUACCCCCCAAACCAUGGAGAAGGGGACAUCGUGCGGUCAUCAGAGGAAGAAGACUCCAUGCGACCCUUCGAUCCCUGCUUCCGCUACACCGUCCUGGACCAGCCCUGGAGGGCCACUAACACCAGCAUCAAGAACAAGAUGUGUGACCGCAACGUCAAGUGGCAAGGCUGGUACCGCCUGUUCUACAAGGGCAACAGUCUGCAGAUGCCCGAGAGGUGUGUGCCCAUGAACAAGUGUGGCACCCACGCCCCCCUGUGGCUGGCCGGACCUCACCCGAAGAGGAGGGAAGGGAUCGUCACCCGCAAGGUCUGUGGCCACUGGAACAAGAACUGCUGCGCUUUCAAGUCCACACCCAUCAAAGUGAAGAAGUGCCGGGGCAAUUAUUACGUCUACAAGUUAACCAAACCGACGACAUGUCACCUGGCCUACUGUGCAGAUAUCAACACCAUUGUGUGUGGAAAGUGCAGGAAAAGCGAGACCUGUGUAAGUCGAGACAAUAUAAACUGGAGGUGUAAGAAGAAGCCAAGACCCCUGAAGAGAAAAGUCCACUUCUUUGCCUCCUAUCCCGGGCCCAUCUCAGGCAAGGUGAACCGCAUCAAGUACAGGACUGUCCUUGUGAACGUUGGGCGAGCCUUCAACCGGAGGACCGGGGUGUUCCGGGCUCCUGUUAAAGGAGUCUACCAGUUCUUCUUCUCCACACAGAGUGGGAAACAUGGUGUCAAGACGGACCUAUGGUUGGUGAUCAAUGGUUACUGGGUGGCUGUCUCUCACACCAAAAUCAGUAGUCCCUCCACUGUGGGUAAUCUGUCCACUUAUAUGACCUUUCUGCGCAGAGGGUCCCUGGUGUAUGUGAGCCAAGACUGUGGUAGCUCUUGGGCCACUGCUUCAUCCAAUACCAUCACAUUUGGUGGGUCACUGCUUGUUCAGUCGAAGAGGUAGACUAAAGCCAAUAUGUGUCUGUUUUCAUUUAGUAUAUGAUUCUUAUUUAUAGAUUUAAUGGUGUUUCUGUCAAAACAGCGUUGCAGUUAAAAACAAUUCUUCUAACAUUUAAUUUUUUAUUUUGGUCAUUUAGCAUAGUCUACACUCUUGUCCAGAGCAACUUACAGUCAGAUGCAUGGACAUCAAUAAUUUGGCUUAAAAUAAAUACUGUAUGUUGCUUGUGUAGUAAGUGAAAGUUUGAUUUAAUUCAAAAUGAAAACAAUUUAGAUUCUCAAGAGUUGAAAUUAGGCAGUCUUAAUGUAAUUCUCAGAUUGUUUGACAUUUAAUUUCCAUAUUUUUCUGACAUUCGCAAAAGGCACCAGUAAGAAAAAUAUUUCCCGCCCAUGAUGUUUUCAGAGUAAAAUGCUGUGUUAGAUAGGCCUAAGAUAGGCCUUUUUGUAUUUUAAUACAAUUACAGUACAGUAAUAAGAGAUUCUAAAAUAAUAGCCUACCUCUCUCAAACACAAGAUGGCAUACUAGGGCAUACAAUUGUAAUUAGUAGACAAAUUACAUCAGCAUCAGUGAAGUGAUAUAGACUGUCAGUCAUAAACCUAUAUGUUGAGUUUAUUUUGCCAGUGUUUAGUAGGCCUAAUUCCAAUAAAUUAAAAGUGCUGAGUGUGUUUUUGUCAUAUGUUCAUCAUCAUCUAUAUGGUCAGUCAAUGGUACAAAUUCUGUAACAGGGAGUUGAGUUGAGCCUAAAAAUUACAGGCGGUCUUGAAAAAAAAGUGUUUUAUCUUUUACAUCCUAUUAUUUUUGACAUACAAAAACUACCCAAAGACUGGAAGCUCUGAUUUUCAGGGGAAACGGUAGAGAGCACCUGUGAUGCAACUUCCACCUUUGGAAGUUAACAAGACCACGCUCUAUUUUUUAAUUUACAAAUAUCAACAAACAAAAGAGGAAUAGUCACAUGCAAACAAGCAUAUGCCACGCUCUCUCUUAACUCCUUCACAUUUACUGGAUUGUUUGAACAGUGCAGAGAACCUUCCCCAACAGUAUUUUUUAAAUUCCAGUCAAGACCAGAAUGUUGGGGGAUCAAGUUUCAGGUGUUUCUUUUAGGCCUGCUAUGUAGAUUAGUCUGCACAUAAGAGAUGUUGUAGGCUAUGAAUGUUUCCUUAUAUGGCGUAAUUAUUGGGAAUCAUUUGAGGCCCUGACUAGGCAUACUGAAUUGGAUUCGAAGAACUUGUCAAAAUGACUAGUCACCCGAGAAAUGUAUAAAACUCUUCAGUUGUCAUGGGAAUUGUACUUUUUUCAAAAUGUACACACGACAAGUUUAGACCAACACUUCUGACCAGGGGGUGGAGCGUUGCGAGGCGGGUAGGAUUGUAUUCGUCUGGAUAGAGUCGAGACGAGAAAUUCAAGGAAAGGGCUCUAUUGAUAGGCGUUUAGUGUAACGGGACUCCGGACAAUACCUUUUCGGCGAAAGCAACAAGUGUCUGGAUAUGAAAGCAUAUUCUGAACUAACCAUUCCUAUUUGAAACCGUCCGUUGUAUUGAGAACAAAUACUUAGAUACGUUUUGCUAUAAGUUUGGCUGUUUUGUAUCGUUUCCUUAUUUUUUUGCAGCUCAUUCAAAAUGAGUAAAAAAUAACAUCGUAUCACUUGUACUGUUGACUAACGUUACUUGAAUGAAGACAAUGCUCCUCGACCAUUUAGAGCUUGAAUAGGUGCACUGACCAGCUCGCCAUUGUUUACCUGGUGUCGCGGAGGACCACCUCAAAACAGUGAAGUUGUCUUUUUCAAAAAAGUAUUUUCUUCUGAACCGAUUAAAAUUUUUAAAAAAACAACAUGGCAGAACACGAGAGUCUGGAGUUUGGAAAGGCUGACUUUGUUCUUCUGGACAAUGUUUCUUUGGAGGAAUUCAUGGCUAACCUAAAGCUCAGGUUUGAGAAGGGUCGCAUCUACACCUAUAUCGGCGAGGUGGUGGUGUCGGUUAACCCUUACCGUGCCAUGAACAUCUACGGUCGAGACACCAUCGAGCAGUACAAGGGCCGGGAGCUGUACGAGCGACCGCCACAUCUCUUCGCCAUCGCAGACGCAGCCUACAAAGCCAUGAAGAGGAGGAACAAGGACACCUGUAUUGUCAUCUCAGGGGAGAGUGGCGCCGGGAAGACUGAAGCCAGCAAAUAUAUAAUGCAAUACAUUGCUGCUAUCACAAACCCCGGGCAAAGAGCGGAGGUGGAAAGGGUGAAAAACAUGCUGCUGAAAUCCAACUGUGUACUAGAGGCCUUCGGCAACGCCAAGACCAACCGCAACGACAACUCCAGCCGCUUCGGCAAGUACAUGGACAUCAACUUCGACUUCAAGGGAGAUCCCAUCGGGGGCCACAUCAACAACUACCUGCUGGAGAAGUCCAGAGUCAUCUUCCAGCAGGAGGGGGAGAGAAGCUUCCACUCUUUCUACCAGAUGGUUAAAGGAGGUCCUGAGUCUCUCUUGCGGUCCCUCCACGUCUCGAAGGACCCCACAGCCUUCAACUACAUCAAAGUGGGAGGCCACAUCAAGUCGACCAUCGACGAUGGUGGCGAUUUCAAAGCAGUGGCAGACGCCAUGAAGGUGAUCGGCUUCACAGCAGAUGAGCUCCAGACGGUUUACAAGGUCCUGGCCACUAUCCUGCACCUGGGCAACCUGACAUUUGGUGUGGAUGGUGACACAACACUGAUUGAGAACUCCAAGGUGGUGGCGGUGAUCGGGGACCUGCUGGCCACUAAGGAGGAGAAUGUUGAGAAGGCCCUGCUCUACCGCACUGUGGCCACCGGCCGUGACGUCAUUGACAAGCAGCACACAGCCCAGGAGGCCAGCUACGGCCGGGACGCCUUGGCUAAGGCUAUGUACGAAAGAAUGUUCUGUUGGAUCGUGGGAAGGAUCAAUGAUGUCAUCGAAGUAAAAAACUAUGAUGCCAAAGUCCACGGGAAGAACACGGUCAUCGGCGUGCUGGACAUCUACGGCUUUGAGAUCUUUCAGAACAACAGCUUUGAACAGUUCUGUAUUAACUACUGUAAUGAGAAGCUGCAGCAGCUCUUCAUUCAGCUGGUGCUGAGGCAGGAACAGGAAGAGUACCAGCGCGAGGGAAUCCCCUGGAAACAUAUUGACUUCUUCAACAACCAGAUCAUUGUGGACCUGGUGGAGCUGCAACACAAGGGCAUCUUCUCUGUGCUGGACGAGGCCUGUAUGAACGUGGGCAAAGUCACCGACAAGGUCUUCUUACAGGGACUCAACAGCAAGCUGGCCAAUCACGCCCACUACACCAGCCGCAAGCUCUCCCCGACAGACAAGAGUUUGGAGUUUGACAGAGAUUUCCGUGUCCGGCACUAUGCAGGGAAUGUGGUGUACUCUGUGGUUGGCUUCAUCGACAAGAACAAGGACACUCUCUUCCAGGACUUCAAAAGGCUACUGUACAACAGCUCCAACCCAGUGCUGAAAGUGAUGUGGCCGGAGGGCAAGCUGAAGAUCACUGAGGUCACCAAACGACCCCUAACGGCCGCUACAAUCUUUAAGAACUCCAUGAUCGCAUUGGUGGAGAACCUGGCUUGCAAGGAGCCAUACUACGUGCGCUGCAUCAAGCCCAACGACGUCAAGUCGCCCCUGCUGUUCGAGCACGAGCGUUGUCGCCACCAGGUCGAGUACCUAGGCCUACUGGAGAACGUCCGUGUGCGCCGUGCUGGAUUCGCCAACCGCCAGGAGUACCCCCGCUUCCUCCAGAGGUACAAGAUGAUCUCGGAGUUCACGUGGCCCAAUCACGACCUCCCAUCGGAAAAAGAGGCGGUAAAGAAGCUGUUGCAGGGCUGCGGCUUCGAGCAGGACGUGGCGUACGGCAAGACGAAGGUGUUCAUCCGCACGCCGCGCACCCUCUUCUGCCUGGAGGAGCAGAGGACCGAAAUGGUUGGGAGAAUCGUUCUCUUCCUUCAGAAGGUAUGGCGCGGUACCAUAGCCAGGAUGCGUUACCGGCGCAUGCGUGCCGCCGCCAUCAUUCUACGGGCCUACCGGCGCUUCAAAGUCAAGUCUUACAUCAAAGACGUCAACCGCAAAUUCAAAAACGUGCGCUCCAUGAAGGACCACGGCAAGCAUGUCAAGUGGCCCACGCCGCCCAAAGUCUUGAGGAGGUUUGAAGAGGCGCUGCGGAGCUUCUACAACAGGUGGUGGGCGUGGAUGCUGAUCAAAGACAUGACUCCAGAGGAGAAGCUGCGAAUCAGAGCCAAGGGAGCCACCCUGGAGGCCCUCAAGGACCAGAGACCCGACCUGGGGCUGCAGAGGACCUGGGAGGGCAACUACCUGAAACGAGACAGUCCUGACACAGCGUCCUCCUUCACCUUGGUGUCCAGUGAGCUGCAGCGUAAGGACAAGUUCAUGAGAGUUCUCUUCUCCUGCAAUGUGCGCAAGAUCAACCGUUUCCACAAGGCAGAGGACCGAGCCGUCCUCAUCACAGACCGCCACCUGUACAAGAUGGACCCCCUGAAGCAGUACAAACCCAUGAAGAGCAUCCCCCUCUACAACGUGACUGGGAUCAGUGUGUCCCCUGGUAAGGAUCAAUUGGUGGUGUUCCACACUAAGGACAGCCGGGACCUGGUGGUUUGUCUAAAGGGCAUGAUGCCUGCCGGGGACAGCCGCAUUGGAGAGCUGGUGGGCACCCUGCUCAGCCACUUCAAAAGUGAGAAGAGGAAGCUGCAAGUGAAUAUCGCCAGUCCCAUCCAGUGCAGUAUGAACGGCAGGAAGUGCACCAUCAUUGUGGAGCCCAAAAUCAACCAAUCACAGCCAGACUUCACUAAGAGCCGCUCCGGUUACAUUCUGGCAGUUCCUGGAAACUAAAAGGGCCCCUCGGGGGCCACUCGGUCUGUGACGAUGACAAGUGUCAAAUGAAGACUACAGGAAGCAUAUAUAUGUUAGGUAUAGAGCUGAUUUGUGAACUAGAUAGCGCCACUGGUUGAGUGGAUGUUUUGGCGUGAUG